AUGUUUGUCGAUAAUAUUUACAUGAUGUAUGCAAUAUGGUAUGAAAAUUGUAUUUAUUCUACUACUACUACUACUACUACUACUACUACUACUACUACUACUACUACUACUACUACUACUACUACUACUACUACUACUACUACUACUACUACUACUACUACUACUACUACUACUACUACUACUACUACUACUACUACUACUACUACUACUACUACUACUACUACUACUACUACUACUACUACUACUACUACUACUACUACUACUACUACUACUACUACUACUACUACUACUACUACUACUACUACUACUACUACUACUACUACUACUACUACUACUACUACUACUACUACUACUACUACUACUACUACUACUACUACUACUACUACUACUACUACUACUACUACUACUACUACUACUACUACUACUACUACUACUACUACUACUACUACUACUACUACUACUACUACUACUACUACUACUACUACUACUACUACUACUACUACUACUACUACUACUACUACUACUACUACUACUACUACUACUACUACUACUACUACUACUACUACUACUACUACUACUACUACUACUACUACUACUACUACUACUACUACUACUAUUAAUAAUAAUCAAUUUCAACUUAAUAUUUGA